AUGCCUAGACUAUGUGUUGUUUGUAAAAAAUAUGAGAUUAAGGGAUCAGAGAAAUCAUUUCAUUCUUUUCCUAAAAAUAAAGAUCGUCAGCAACUAUGGUUAAAAGUAUGUAAUAUAAAAUGGUACUCGCCAUCCUACAAGAUAUGUCAAGAUCAUUUUUUGCCAGAAAAUUAUUUACCAAGUGGAUAUCUGAAAAAUAAUGCUGUUCCAUUUGUAAUAUCUACAAGACGUACAGAUUAUGAACCUUUGGACUAUGAGGGAAAAUCUAGCUCUUGUCAAAGUCCUAUGAAACGGUCAUGUGUUGAACCCAGAGCUUCUACAAGUACAGAUUAUGAACCUUUGGACUAUGAGGGAAAAUCUAGCUCUUAUCAAAGUCCUAUGAAACGUAAAGUGCUAAAUGCAAAUUCUAUUGGACUAUUAUCGCCAAGUCAUUUUAGAACUCCAAGAAAGGCACGGAGGCAUUUGGACAUGGUGAAGAAGCUAUACAGAGAAAAGCAGAUUCAAAAUUUUAAUUUGAAAAAAAAAGUAAUAAGGCUGACAGAAAAAGUCCAUACUUAUGAUGACCUUGUUCUGAAGUUACACAAGAAACAAUUUUUAACAGACAAUGCAUCUGUCCACUUGCAGUCUAUUGGUUCUGAAUCAUUACGUACUUUAGUUGAGCUUAAUUUGAAGGGUAAAAAGCUUCCAUAUACACCAGAAAUGAGGAAAUUUGCCAUAACUUUGCAGUUUUACUCAAAUAAAGCAUAUAAUUUUGUUAGAAAGAGUUUCAAAAAUGUACUUCCACAUCCCAAAACCAUAAGUAAAUGGUAUAAAGUUGUGAAUGGAGACCCAGGUUUUACUCAAGAAGCAUUCCAAUGCAUACAUGAGAAAGCCAAGAAUGAAACUGUUAUUUGCAACAUCGUUUUAGAUGAGAUGAGCAUAAGAGAAAAAAUUGAAUGGGAUGGAACAAAAAUGCAUGGCUUUGUUGAUAUGGGUACUAAUAUUGAUACAGUGAAUGACAACUCGGUUCAUGCCAAAAAUGCAUUCGUUUUUAUGGCUGUAGGAGUUAAUGGACAUUGGAAAAUGCCAAUAGGUUAUUUUCUUGUAGCGGGCCUAAAUGGAAAUGAAAGAAGUAAUUUAUUAAAACAAUGUUUAGUUCUCAUGGGUGAUACGGGUGCCAAAGUGCAUUCAAUCACUUUUGAUGGAGCUUACAGUAAUGGUAAGAUGUGUUCAAAUUUGGGUGCUUCAUUUGAUAUAAAUGACGAAUUAAGUUUUAGCUUUAAAAAUCCCUAUAAUAACGAGCCCAUAUAUGUUUUUUAUGAUGCUUGCCAUAUGAUAAAGUUAAUUAGAAACACUUUAGGAGAUAUGGGGUAUCUAUUUAAUCAAGAAGGAAAGAAAAUAAGUUGGAACCAUAUUAAAAUGUUGUACUUCAAAGAAAAGAAUGAAGGGUUAAAAGUAGCAACAAAAUUGACAAAUAAACACAUAUACUAUUAUAAUGAGAAAAUGAAUGUCAAGUUAGCAACACAAGUGUUGAGUAAUAGUGUUGGAAAUGGUCUAAAAUUUUGCAAGUCUUUAGGAUGUGAUGACUUUAAAGAUAUUGAUGCUACAGCAGAGUUUUGUUUCCUAAUGAAUGAUGCAUUUGAUAUACUCAAUUGUAGAAGUAAAUAUUCUAAAAAUCCUUACUGCCUGGCGCUUGAUGAAAAACAAUUUGAAAAGUAUGAAAAUUUUAGCAAGAACUUUUAUAAUUAUGUAUUAGGCUUAAGGUUGCCCAACGGUAAAACUGUGGUAGAAUCUGGUAGAAAAACUGGCUUUGUUGGGCUUAUAAAAGCAUUACAAAAUGUAUUAAAGUUAUAUACUUGUUUGAAAAAAAAAUAUUCUCUUGCUUACUUAUUGUCUUUUAAAUUAUCUCAAGACCAUAUAGAGACAUUUUUUAGUUCAGUAAGACAAAGAGGUGGGUUUAACAACAACCCUUCUUGUAAAGAAUUUAAAUCAGCUUAUAAAAAACUAUUAGUCCAUAGUGAAAUUAGUGGUUCACAGUAUGGCAAUUGUGUUGCAAUACUUGAUAGCACCAAAAUGUCUGUGGUAAAUGUAGGUCUAGAUUGUAUCAUAAAUAAUGAUAUUGAAGAGGAUUUAAAUACAGUUGAACAAGAUCAUGAUUACAUACAAUCUUUAAAUAGACUGACACCAUUUUUAGAAGAAGUUACAAGUUAUAUUGCUGGUUUUGUGGUAAAAAAAAUAAAAAACAAAAUAACCUGUGAUAUAUGUCACCCAUUUUUGAUUGAUAGCUCAAAUCACAAUUUUAAAUUAAUAAACCAAAAAGAUCGAAACAACGCUUUGAUAAAACCUUGUCAUGAUGUUGUGGAGAUAUGUAAUGAAGCAGAAAGAACUUUUCGAUCUUUUAAUGUUUUUUUACCAAAUAUUAAGCACAAAAUGUUUAAUAAAAUAAAAAAUAAAAUAUACCAGAAACGAAAUAUUUUUAAAGAAUUAAAUGACCAUUGUAUAGGCCAACAAUUAUUUAAUUCACACAGAGAUCAAAUAAUAAGUAUGGCUAUUCUCACAUACUUAAACAUUCGUUUUCACCAUGCUGCUGCGACAACAGAAAAAAAAAAUAACAUUUCUAUGAGGAAAAAAUUUACCAAAAUUGUUUUAUUUCGGAAUGAGUAG